AUGGUGGUCGACGUCGAUCUGCUCUCCUGGAGAUUGAAACAGCUGAAAGCCCCCAAGGACUUCAUACUGCUGGUGCUACUCGUCAUCUGGUCUGUGGACACAUCCAAGCUUGAGCAGGACUACACUUUUCUGGAGUUCUAUGCUGGCCAUGGAAAUUUGCACAAGAUGAUGAGGGCUGCAGGCCGUUAUAAGGCAGCUCGUUUCGAUAUCUCAGAUGGGCCCCGUGAUGUCAAUUCAUGCAGAAGUAACUACAUGGACCUCAACUCGGUCAGUGGGUUUGCGAGCCUUGCUCAAAUCAAUCAGAAUCACUUGUCCUCGUGA